AGUGGCUUGUAGAAUAUGGCGAGUAUCUUAGUGGUUGCAAGCUCUUUUCUUCUAAUUCUCCUCUCCACUGGCACUCAGUCUUAUGGAACCAGUCCAGAAAUGCUCCUAAAAAAUAGAGGGAAAGUUAAAGAAAUGUUCAUGCAUGCAUACGACAGCUACAUGACUUAUGCUUAUCCUCUUGACGAGCUCCAGCCACUAACAUGCUCGGGGAAAGACACUUGGGGAAGUUUUUCAUUGUCUCUCAUUGACUCAAUGGAUACAUUGCUUGCAAUGGGUAACGUAAGCGAGUUUCAAUCUGCUUAUAAUCGCGUCAUAUCGAAACCUUCCUUUGAUAUUGAUGUCAAUACCUCAGUCUUUGAAGCUAACAUCAGAGUUGUUGGUGGUUUAUUGUCAAGCCAUCUUUUGUCUCAUGUGGGGCAAGUUCCUCUAGCUCCUGGCUGGCCGUGUGAAGGUCCUCUUCUUAGAAUGGCCGAGUCUUUAGCUCGACGCCUUCUCCCUGCUUUUGACACGCCCACAGGUCUCCCAUACGGGACUGUUAAUCUCAGAUAUGGUGUGCCCCCACAGGAGACCCCAAUCACUUGUACGGCCUCUUGUGCUUCAUUUUUGGUGGAGUUUGGUACUCUGUCAAGACUGACAGGUGAUCCGAUAUUUGAGACUACUGCCCUAAAAGCUGCUCGUGCAAUAUGGGCCAAACGCUCUUCGAUUGGAUUGGUUGGGAAUCAUAUUAAUGUAUUAACUGGGAAAUGGACAGCAACCGAGUUCACUAUGGGUAACUAUAUUGACUCAUAUCUUGAGUAUCUUGUCAAAGGAGGCAUACUUUUUGGACACAAAGACUUGCUUGAUAUGUUUAAAGAGAUUUUUGUCCCAAUAAAGAAGUACACUGAUCAUAACAGUUGGUAUGUUUGGGUUGAUAAGGAAAAUGGGAAGGUUUCAUAUCCUUACUAUGAGGCACUGGACUCUUACUGGCCUGGCCUACUGUCUUUAGUUGGGAAUAUUAAAGAUGCCAAGAAGAAUAUUUUCAAUCAUUUUUUAGUUUGGAGAAGCCUAGGGGGUCUCCCUGAAAUGUUGAAUAUCAUAACUGGAGAGACUGUCACUGGAAGAGAGGCUUACAGACUGAGACCUGAGCUAGCAGAGUCAUUGUAUUACUUGUAUCAAGCAACAGGUAAUCCUAUUUUCAUAAGCAUGGGCGAGCAUAUGAUUAACAGUAUUAAUAACAUCGCUAGAGUUCAUUGUGGAUUUGCUACAGUAAGGAGUGCUCUUGACCACACACUCUCUGAUCGAAUGGAGUCUUAUUUUCUUGCAGAAACACUCAAAUACCUCUACCUUCUCUUUGACCCAAACCACUUCCUCUCGCUGGACCCCACGAAGGCUGUGAACGUAACGGAGACCCUAAGAGUCCCCGGGAGUCAGCAUUUUUUGUACAAUAAGUAUAAUAGGAUAUUAAAAGAUGGCUGUAGCGUGGGUAACAGCGGUUACAUAUUUAGCACAGAGGCACAUCCGAUCGAUGUGGGGGCACUGUACUGCUGUCGUAGGAAAUGGAAAGAUGGGAUGGUGGAGGGAGAUGGGUUUUCUAGUCAAGAUGGCUGCCAGGCUCAAACGUUUGAAUCGAGAUUAGAAUUAUUUACUGCUGGUAUCAGUGAAUGAUAAUGAAGAUUUUUAUAAUUUAAGUAU